AUGGCUACCUCUGCUCCAGGAGAAAAAUUCGUCGCCGAGAAGGACGUGCCGCGGUCGCCUGAGGCGCACGAUGUAGAGCAUGGACACUCUGAACAGAAGAGUUUGGCUCGUAACCUCCAGGGUCGUCACAUGCAGAUGAUAGCCAUUGGUGGCUCUAUCGGUGCCGGUCUCUUUGUCGGUUCUGGUUCGUCUCUGCAGUCAGGCGGCCCUGCGUCACUCGUGAUUGGCUUCAUCGUUAUUGGUAUCAUGUUACUCUGCACCGUGCAGGCUCUGGGUGAGCUUGCAGUCUUGUAUCCGAUCAAUGGCGCAUUCUAUCAGUAUGGAGUGCGGUUUAUCGAUCCAGCAUGGGGCUUCGCCAUGGGUUGGCAAUAUGCGAUUGGGUGGUUACUCACUCUUCCCUUCGAGAUCACGGCCGCCGGCAUCACAAUCAGUUAUUGGCAUGAAUACAACAUAGCCAUUUGGAUCGUGGUGUUCUUGACCACCUUGAUCAUCGUGCAAUUUUUUGGCGUGAGGGGGUAUGGUGAAGUCGAAUUCGUUCUCGGCGUCAUCAAGGUCGUUGCUGUCCUUGGUUUCAUCAUUUUCGGUAUCAUCGUUGAUUGUGGAGGUAUCCCAGGCGAUCAUCGAGGCUAUAUUGGAUUUCGAUGCUGGAAUGACUCAGCUAACGGCAACGUAGCUUUCCGUAAUGGCUUCAAGGGCUUCUGUUCUGUCUUUGUCAACGCCGCUUUCGCCUUUGGUGGAACUGAACUUGUUGGACUCGCCGCUGCUGAAGCUGCUGAUCCGAGGAAGUCGCUUCCAAAAGCCACUAAGCAAGUGUUCUGGCGUAUUGCGGGCUUUUACGUCGUCUCGCUCCUGAUCAUGGGUCUCAUCGUACCGAACAGUUCCCCCGAUCUCCUCAACUCAUCCGGUGCGAAUACCAAAGCGUCUCCCUUCGUCCUUGCAAUCGUAUACGCCGGUGUGAAGGGACUACCGUCUGUCUUCAACGCUGUUAUAACGAUUUCGGUCAUGUCAGUCGCCAACUCUUGUACUUACGGUUCGACACGUACAAUGCAAGCUCUAGCCCAGGGCGGUAUGGGUCCUAAAUGGCUGGCCUGGAUUGACAAGAAGGGCCGGCCGGUAUGGCCCGUUGUCAUCCAGAUGGCCUUCGGUCUUCUUGCGUUCAUCAACGAAGCUGAGACUGGGUCCACCGUCUUCAACUGGCUUCUCGCAUUGACCGGUCUAUCCUCAUUCUUCGUCUGGGGAUCCAUCUGUUUGUCACACAUUCGAUUUCGCCAUGCAUGGAAAGCCGCCGGUCGCAGCGUCGAUGACCUUCCGUUCAAGUCGCAACUUGGCGUGAUCGGCUCUUACGUCGGUUGCUUCCUGGUGGUGAUCUGUUUGAUGGGGACAUUCUACAUCUCAUUGUUCCCCAUUGGAGGCAGUCCAAAUGCCGAGGCCUUCUUCGAAUCAUAUAUCGCAGCACCCAUUGUCAUUGCGUUGUUCCUAUUCUGGAAGACCUGGACUCGCGAUUGGUCCUUUGGAGUGAAACUCAGGGAUGUCGAUCUCGAUGCUGGAAGGAGAGAUUUUGACGAUCUUCCGCCGACAGAACCAGAACAAAGAAACAACAGCAUCGGACGCAGAUUAAGUAGUGCCCUCUUCUAG